UAUCUGUCUCAUUGUUCUAUCUGUGGCCGUACGCCACCAACACAGCACUUCUUAUUUUUUUCAAGUAUAUGUGGCAACUGGCUUAAGCUGUUAUUGUUUUAAAAUAUGGAUAGUUAUCAUUUUGUGUAGUUUUGGUGUAUUUUCUUCUUAAGGUCGUUAGCGAUAGAUGGGGACUCGGCACAAAGAUAUGCAUAGUUUGGAGUCUUACUCAAAGAAGGGAAAACGAAACUGCCGACUGUGAUUCACAAAUAACGCUCCUCUGCCGGGUCAGGUGUCUAAAGUCUUCCAGACAAGAUGGUGAAGAGGAGGCAGAAAUGUCCUAGAGAGGACGAAGUGAUAGACCUGACUGGUCCGUCGUGCAGCCAUAUCCGUAAAGGUGUAGACUCCAGCUUCCUGAAGAAGACMGGGAUAGACUGCGCCUGUAACAGCUGCCAAGACUGUAAGGGUGAAGAGCCGGCUGCCACUGUACAGGCUCCAUCAGAGGAGAUGAGCGAAACACCAACGAUAUGGAUGUGCUUAAAAUGCGGACACAGAGGGUGUGGGCGUACCUCUGAGGAUCAGCAUGCUAUCAAGCACUACGAGAAGCCUCGGUCAGACCCUCACUGUCUGGUGCUCAGCCUGGACAACUGGAGCGUCUGGUGUUACAUCUGUGAUGAUGAUGUCCAGUACUCCAAAACAGGCCAUCUGGCUCAGUUGGUGAGCAACAUUAAGAAACAGGCCRUGUCUGAGCCCCGGAAACAAAGUCCACAGAGAAAGCAUUCAARAGUGAAGCUGGAGCACAGCAUGAUAGAAGAGCCACAGGAAACCAAGCCAGAAGAGAAGGAAGAGAACACAGUGACACAACCGAAAGAAAACCAGAAGAAGAACGGCAAGAAAGAAAGUGGUUUGAAAGAGAACAGCAGUUUGACUAAAGGACAGAAGGCAGUGGGAGGAGCCAGCAGCGGUGCAGUGGGAGGAGCCGGCAGCGGUGCAUUGUCAGUUAGAGGACUCAGUAACCUUGGAAACACCUGUUUCUUCAACUCCGUUGUUCAGACCCUCUCUCAGACACAGCUGUUGAGACAGGUCAUCAACAAGGUGACAGCUGAAGAGAAGACCAGUGUCACCAUCACACCUGGAGUCUCCUCAGACCUGGAACCCAUCCUGGUGCAGCUAGGUCCUCCGGGGUCUCUGACCGUAGCGAUGUGUCAGAUCCUGAAUGAGAUCCAGGAGACUAAGAAGGGGGUGGUCACCCCGAGAGAACUUUUCAGUCAGGUCUGCAAAAAAGCGGCGCGGUUUAAAGGGUUCCAGCAGCAGGAUAGCCAGGAGCUUCUCCGCUACUUGCUGGAUGGGAUGAGAGCUGAGGAGAUGAAAAGACUGAACUCUGGAAUAUCGGAAGCAUUGAAAAAACAUGGAAGAGAUGCUGAACAAUCGAAGACGUUGGUCAAGGAGUAUGAGAAGAAGGGAGCUCCUAAUAACUUCGUAGACCAGGUGUUUGGUGGGGAGAUGACCAGCACGGUCAUGUGUCAGCAAUGCAAGACGGUUUCUUUGGUCAAGGAGAUGUUUCUGGAUCUGUCCCUUCCUGUCUCAGACCAGGCCUACAGGAAGAAGAGUCAGAAGAAAGGAGGCGGGAACCAGAAGGCUAGCAGAGGUGAAUAUAAUAACGGAGACAGCCCUAGCCCUGUCGCCAUGACCAACGGUGACACCGAUGACCUUCCUACUGGCGUGGGCAGCAAGUCGCAGAAGAAACAGAAGAAGCAGGCCAAGAAACAGGCCAAGAACCAGAGACGUCAGCAGAAGCUAGUCACCCUGGACAGCUUCACACCUCCAGAGAGCCCAGUCCCAGCAGAGGAGGGAGAGGAGACAGGAAAAGUACCCAGGGAGAGGAGGAGGAGCCUCUGGUUGAGAACCAAUCAUCAGAGACCGAGAGGUUCGAGACCGAGAGUUCCGAGACCGCUCCCUCAGAGCAGGACAAGAGAAACCUCAGGGGGCAGGGCACACAGAGAAAGAGGAGGAGGAUUGUGUCUAAAGUCUUCCAGACAAGAUGUGAGAGAAGCAGAAAGUCCUAGAGAGGACGAAGUGAUAGACCUGACUGGUCCGUCGUGCAGCCAUAUCCGUAAAGGUGUAGACUCCAGCUUCCUGAAGAAGACUGGGAUAGACUGCGCCUGUAACAGCUGCCAAGACUGUAAGGGUGAAGAGCCGGCGCACUGUACAGGCUCCAUCAGAGGAGAUGAGCGAAACACCAACGAUAUGGAUGUGCUUAAAAUGCGGACACAGAGAACCCAUCUGGUGCAGCUAGGUCCUCCGGGUCCUGACCGUACGAUGUGUCAGAUCCUGAAUGAGAUCCAGGAGACUAAGAAGGGGGUGGUCACCCCGAGAAACUUUUCAGUCAGGUCUGCAAAAAUUCACAGAGUAAGAAACCUCACUCAAAGAACAACUCUCUUCUUCCUGUGUCCACCUGCACCAAAGAGACAGACCAAAAACAAGGCUGCAGAAGGCUCCAAGAAGAAUGUGUACACAGAUGCUCUGAAGCAAAUGCUGAUCUCGUCUCCCCCUCCGGUGCUUACUCUUCACUUGAAGAGAUUCCAACAGAUUGGAUACAGUGUGUGUAAGAUGAACAGCCAUGUUAACUUCCCUCACAUUCUAGACGUAGCACCAUUCUGCUCUGCCAUAUGCAAGGGUGUGUCGGAGGGAGACUCUCAGGUGCUUUACAGUCUGUAUGGUAUAGUAGAACACAGUGGGACUAUGAGAAGUGGCCAUUAUACAGCCUACGUCAAAGCCAGACCUUUCUGUCCCUCCACUACACACAACGGAGUGGGUACACAAGGCGAGCCAGAGCCGGUGAAAGGGGCGUGGUUCCACGUGAGUGACAGUAGUGUGCAGCCAGUCACAGAGAGCAAAGUGCAGAGCUCCCAAGCCUACCUCCUAUUCUACGAGAGGAUCUCCUAGACCUGCCUACGUCCCAACGUGUACCCUAUUUACCUACAUACAUACUGUAGGCUGUGUUUACACAGGCAGCCCUGGUUCUGAUCUUUUGACAAUAAUUGGUCUUUUGACCGAUCAGAUCUUAUUCCAAUACUUGGGCAAAAGAUCAGAAUUGGGCUGGCUGUUUAAACGCAGCUAUAGUGCACUACUUUUGGCCAGAGCCUUAUUAUGCAGCCUUAUGAGGCUUUUCCCGGCCAAACUUAGUGCACUAUAAAUGCCCUAUUCCCUACAUAGUGCACUACUUAUGCCCUGAGACAUUGUACUGGUAUUGCUAUAAGUGUGUGCAGAGUGAAUACGAGUGGAUUCUUUUUGUUUUUAUAAUCAAUAUAAAGGGUUGUGUCUUAAAUGGAACCCUAUUGCCUAUGUAGUGCACUACAUUUGACCAGAAUCCUAUUUGCCCUGGUCAAAAGCAGUGCACUAAAACAGGGAAUACAAAAUGAGGGUGACAUUUGAGACGUUGACAAAGAGAWUUCAUUAAGAUCAUGACUGGGGAUGUCCCUAAAGGAAAAAUAUUUAGCUUGGAAGUAUUUUUUUUUUGUCUGUCAAUUAAUUGUAUCAGCAAGGGACAUAAAAAGAAUCCCAAAGUAUUUUUACUGUGCAUAUGUGACUAUACAGUGUUUUUUUGGAAAAGAGGGGAGCACAAAUCAUUGUGUGUGUCCCAAAGUGCACCGUAUAUAAGGGCACUACAUUUUGAUCAGAGGUCUAAAUUGGAAAUCAGGUGCCAUUCAAAACGCAGCCGUUCUAUCCUCUUAGACAUGAAACCAUAGAAGAGUUUGUUAAUUGAUCUGUCUGAUUGCUUGGUGUGUUACACAGUAUAAGCAAAAUAAACCUGCCAAUACCUUUUAUUAUUAUUAUUGCUGCAAUAUGUGGCUUUUUGGGCAGACCUGACCAAAUUCACAUAGAAGUGCAGUUAUAGAUCUGUCAUUCUUAUUAAAGCAAGUUUAAGAAUUGGUAAAUAAGUUCUAUGUGUUCUAUUUCUGAAAAUACAAUAUUUUUGGUUAUUGAAAAUAUAUUUCCCAGCGGUUAAGAUGGUAUAAUUAUUCUCUACACUAUACUUGCUUAUUUUGUCACGAACUGUAAUUAGGCAAAUUAUUAUAAUUUUAGCAACCGGGAAAUGGCAUAGAUUUCUGCAUAGUGCUCCUUUGAAAUUGUUAAAAACGAUCAGUGGAAAAACAAUUUUUAUGACAUUUUUUAUUUGAGUACUUUUUAUAUUGUGUUGUCAAGAUGCAAAUUAAAAAGCUUGAAAUACA